AUGUUUGAUUGGCCAACAUCAUGGCAAAAAUAUCAAAUCGAUAGCCGUAUCGAUGAUACAAUUGUUUCUUAUCUUGAUUCUAUACGUCUUGCUGAAAAUAAAAAUUUUGCUAUAUUACUUCUUAAAAAUAUUGAUUCAUAUCCAAGUUUAUUAGAUAUACAAUCUGGUUAUAUUGAUAUUUGGUGGAUAAUACAUGAUGGUGGUUUAUUAUUUUUAUUAGCAUUUCUUUUACAACAGCAUCAUGUUUGGAAUAAAUGUAUAUUACGUUUAUUUACAAUAUGUUUACCUAAUCAAGAACCACAAAUACAAAAACAUGAACUUGAACAAUAUGUUUAUCAAUUACGUAUACAAGCUGAAGUACAUGCUGUUAUUGUUGAUGAUCAAGAAAUAUCAGCAUUUACAAAAUAUCGAACAAUGACAGCAGUAGAUUCAAAACAUUUUAAUCUAUUUGAUAUCAAUGAGAAACAAAUUGAUAGUGAAAGAGAAAAACAUAUGCAAGAACUAUUUAAAAAUUAUCCAGCAAAUGGUGAGCAUAUUCAAUAUACAUUUACACCAUCAUCUAUUUCAACAUUGAAAGAAAGUUAUUUAACGUAUACUCUUAUUGAAGAUUUACAAGUGCGAAAAAAAAUGCAUUCAGCAGCUCGUCUUAAUCAAACGAUUCUUGAACGAUCACGUAAUUCACAAUUAGUUCUUAUUAAUUUACCUAAAGUUCCUCGAACCAAUGUUAAUGCUGACUAUGCAUAUAUUGAAUUUGUUGAUCAAUUAUGUGAAGGAAUUUAUCGAUGUAUACUUGUUAAAGGGGGUGGUAGAGAAGUUAUUACAAUAUUCUCAUAA